GAUAACUUUUAAUGUGCUUUGAGAGGCCACGAAAGGUUUCUUUGUCCGGCACGGUGGGAACUCCAAUUUACAAAGGUUGCGUUUUUCCGUUUCCUGAAUCAACGGGUGAAGCUAUAAAUAAUGAAUGAGUCAGCUGUUAUGGCCAAAAGAACUGGAAUUGUGUUUGAUGAAAGGAUGAAAAAGCAUUUUAAUGAAUGGGAUGCAACUCAUCCUGAGGUUCCUGAUAGAAUACAGCGGCCAUAUGACAAACACAAGGAAUAUGGUCUCCUGGAAAGGUGUCAGGAAAUCCCAUCUCGACUUGCUACAGAUGAAGAGCUGCUUAGUCAACACAGUAAAGAACAUGUAAACAAGAUGAUAUCAUCGCAGACCAUGACAAAAGAGGAACUGUACAACAUGGGGGCUUGCGAUUAUGACUCUGUCUACAUGAGUGAGCAUGCUUGUGAAAGUGCUCGUGUUGCAUGUGGUUGCACUCUAUCUGCAGUGGAAGCUGUUGCAACAAACAAGGUUCAAAAUGCAGUGGCUAUUGUAAGGCCACCAGGGCAUCAUGCUGACACUGAGUUUGCCAUGGGUUACUGCUUUUUCAACAAUGUGGCUGUUGCUGCAAAAAUAGCUCAACAAAGAUGGAAUGUGCAGAGGGUUCUGAUUGUGGAUUGGGACAUUCACCAUGGCAAUGGCACUCAACACCUCUUUGAAUCUGAUCCCAG